UGCAGGGAGGCUGCCUGGCGAAAUGUUUGAGGCGGGCAUUCCGUGGACAGACACCCAGGUGUUGGGGUAACGUCCACGGCCUGCUGCUGCUUAUCGCUGCGUCUUAUAACACAUCAGCGUUUCCUAACCUGACCCACUCCCACGGACCGUCGUCUGUCUUUUCUGUGCAUUCAAGACCGAAAGCCGCUUCGUUUGUCCACAACUUCUCCUUCACCAUGAAAAGCGACGUUUUUGUGCUCGUGCUGCUGGCGGCUCUCACCUGUGGAGCCGCGCGCGGACAGCAGCACGCGCCCGAGGAGGUGCAGGUCAAGACUCUGGUCAAGCCCGAAACUUGCUCCGUACUCUCCAGAAUGGGGGACACGCUCCUCAUCCACUACACGGGUAAACUGAUGGAUGGAAAGGUGAUUGACUCCUCACUGUCCCGGGAACCUCUUCCUGUGGAGCUCGGCAAAAGAUCAGUUAUCGCUGGGCUGGAGCAAAGCUUGGUGGGUGUUUGUGAAGGGCAAAAAAUCAAAGCCACAAUUCCACCUCACCUUGCAUAUGGGAAAAAAGGAUUCCCUCCAACCGUUCCAGGUGAUGCCACUCUUGAGUUCGAGGUGGAGGUGAUUUCUGUGACGCAGCAGACUCCGUGGCAGAAAAUGGUCAAUGACGUGUUCCCGCUCCUAUGUCUGGUUCUGGUACCCACACUGCUUUGCUUGGUGGGACUUUACCUCUACAAAAAGGCCAAUGCCCAGAAGUCUAAAAAGAAGGCAAAGGAUAAGAAGAGCAAGAAGAAAUAAUCACAAGGCAGAGGACUAUUUAAAUAAAAAAAAAAUUGAAAUAU